CAAAAAAAUAUGCAUAUCGAAUUUGGAAGAAGAAACGUGGAAAGUUAAUCAAUAAAAAAAAAAAAAAGAAAAUCUUGCAAAGAGAAGAGAUUGUGUUUAACCACCGACAGUGGAGGAACUUUGAACGGAGGAGAAAAGUAUACUGAACUCUUAAACGUUGAGAAACGUUUGUUUCGCGAUAAGAGGAGAAAGAGGAGAAAAUCGAAUAAAAUUUUCUUCACAGUUCACCAAUGAAAAAAGACAAAGAAAAUAGAGACAUAUUAAUGAAUAUAAUAUUAAUGAAUAUCGUUGAUGAAAAAUUUUGAUUAAGAAUUAUCUUAUCUUAUCUUUUAAUUUUAAUUGUCAGUAAAAGAUCGUUCGAAAACACGAUUUCUUUUUAACAUUCUCGACAACCAUUCAUGCAUCGAGAAUAUGUAAAUUCUACAAUAUAUAUAUAUACGAUAAAAUACGUGUAUAAAAAAAAAAGCGACGAAAAAUCGUAUCAAUUUCUUACAAUUUUUGCAAAUAAAACGUUCGUUCAAAAUAAUCUCAAGAUUUCAACGAGUCAGAGCUGCGAGACUAAACAGAAUUCGAUACGAGAUUAAAAGAGCCACGACAUACGAACAACUUAUGUUGAUGCACAAUAACACGAGUAAUAAAAUAAGGCAAAAUGACGUUUUCCACACUUUUAUGAACCUGAACUUUAUCGAUUGCACUUCUGAACGGAACGAUAAACGCAAUAUAGUCCGAAAUAUAAACAAAAGGAGAGAGAAAGAAAGGGAAAGAGAAAAAAGAAUGAAUUUCUUCGACGAUACGAUACGAGAGUAACGCUAACGAAUUGACGUUGUCCCUCUGAACGACGCGAGAUAUCGAUCGAGAUAUAUCUUCUCGAAAUUACAUAUCGAUUUGGCGCCACAUUCGUCUCUCUCGAGAAACUCAAGUGCAUGCAUAUUUGGAGAAAGGAUCGUUGAUCCCAUUCUUUCGAAAAAUGUGAGGAUAAAAAAUGAGAAAGAUUCGACGCGAAAAAAAGAAUCUUCAUUGAGGUAUAACGAGGUUUACUUCGAUCUGGUUCCCAUUGAUUUUGCCACGAUUAUGACGCACACGGAAGAAAUAUCGACGACUUUCGAGUCGAAAACACCGACCGAGCAAAUGAAUGGCCAUUCAAUGGAAGUCGAGUUCCCCAUAUCGAUUAAAUAUCGAUGAAUUGACGAUGUAUCGACAAGAUCAGCCAGUGGAAUCAUGGUGGUCAUCACGCUCCAUUUCUUUCGACCAAUUGCUUUCGAUGAUCGACUAUGGCGAGCUCGGCGCCAAAAAUAAUUGCCAGACCUCCGCGAUUGCAAGGCAGAAAGCGAAACGAGAGCGUUUCUUCUUCCUCGCUUCAUGUGUAUACGUUACGCGACUGUGUUGUUGCCUUCCUGAACCCAUCCUUUUAUUGUUUUUAUUUUCUUCACCUUGCAUGGAGCGGUACAGUGGUAACUUCAAGGGAAAGGCGAGCACCGAGAGCCGAGAGGCGGAAGAGCAGGGUAGCAGCACGACCUCGCCCUCGGAGGGCAGGCACGCCGACGGGACAUCCGGCUCGUCCGUCCUCGAGAUGGGCAGCACGGAUUCGGCGGGCAGCGCCCACAGUGGCGGCCCUUCCUGUGGCCUGGUCAGUUCUCUUUUUCCGAGCAGCUGCCGUGGACGAGCCGAGGCGUUCGCCAGACGCCUCCACCGACGGCUCACGUCCCUAGGUGGCGAGAACAGUUCCCAACGAAACGAAGAAUCUCCCUCGUUGCCAAAAGAGACAUCCUGGUUGCGCUCCACGACCACGGCCAAGUCCAUCAUGAACAACACGACCAACAACCACGUUCUCCAGCAUCAACCGCGCCACAAUCCUGAUACGGAUCUCUGCUACGACUUCGACCUCGAAUUCGAGGAUGGCCUCAGCUCGCCCGCGGAGGAAGCCACCGCGGCAGAAGUGGCGGAUCUGGUGGUGAACCAGGAGGUAUUGAAGUCGAAUCAUCACAGCAUCCAUCACAGCUCGCCCAACGGGUCCAAGGCAGUGCUCUCCAGCAUAGAUUCUGAAUCUGGCUACGCGUACGCGUCCCCGUUGCUAGGCACAUCCCCCGACAGCGAUUCGUCCGACAUCUUCUUCGAUCCGGAAUCGUCCGACGUGGAGAAGUCGAAGAACGAGAUGUUCUUCGAUCCCGUGACCACGUCCGAUAGCGAGAUCACCACGUCGAAUCUGUCGAACGGAUGCGACACCAAGGCGAAGAACGCCGCCUCCUAUCGCAGAAAACUGGACUUCAACGUGAUGGAACAUUCCGAGGACACGUCCGAAUCGAGCGCCUCGUACAGGAAGAGCAACGUGGUGUGCGACGGCAACAAGGAGACGAGGAAGAACGACACCUCGGUGUGCAGCUCGGAGGAUUCGAACGACAGAACCUCGCAGGAAACGUCCACGUCGCCCAGCCACGAGUCGCUGUGGAGCACGUUCGACGAGAGCACUGUCUCCCUCCAGGACGAAAGUCCCUCCAAAUCGAAUGUUCCUGGCUUGAACAUGCAGAAUCGGUUGCCCAAGUCGCAUUCCGAUUCCGAGAUACCCGUAAACGGAUCGAGGAUCGUGAUCGGUUGCUCGUUGAACAGGAGAGACGAGACGGUGGUGCAACACGCCGAUGGUGCCGACGAGGUCGAUUUCGUGAACGGUUUGUCGGAGAAUGGGAAGCUCGAGGACAUCAAGAACGCUAGGAAUCUUGCCAAAGAGGAGUCUCCGGAUUCGUCCGAUACAUACGAGGAGGAUCUCCCUUACGACGAGGAGAAGCCGCAACGCUCGAACAACGUCCUCAAGUUGGACGAGAUCGACGGUGGAAACGAGACGGUCGACGAUCGUUCCACGUACACCGGCACGAACAGUAUCCCUGGUGCUUUCACUCUGGAAUAUCCCGUAUCGGACGGGAUGCUCGAGACAACGAAGAACGAAGUACAAAUAGAGAACGGAACUGUGACGAAUAGCAGCGACGAGGACAAGAUGUGCCUUCUGCUGCACAAGCUGGCGACCAGCCCAACUGUGAAGGACGACGUUGUACGCGUCGUGGAUCAGGAGCCACGGAAAGACAACGUCGAGGAGGAAGAGGAGGAGGAAGGGGAGNNGGAAGAGGAGGAGGAGGAGAGACCGCAGAAGAUCAGACGAAGUUCUUCUUUGAAAACGGGAAAAACUCCACCAGGCACUCCUGGCAGAAAGAAGAUCGUCCGAUUCGCGGAUGUGCUAGGCCUAGAUCUCGCCGACGUGCGCACCUUCUUAGACGAGAUACCGAAAAUUCCUAACUCAGCGUAUAGCGAUUUGAUAUACGACGAUAUUUUCCAGAAGGACACUAGCCCCGUUAACACCUUGCCGAAUUCCAGCCAAUGGGGAGCCAGAUACGUAGAAAGUAGGCGUGGCUCCGCAUGCGCGAUCCCUCCCCGCAAAUUAGACAGAACUUUGGUGCCUCUGUUCCAGCAGCCUGGCGGCCAGCCGAACUUUCUCGACUUGGUUCGGGAGCGUCGCGUGUGCCUAGAGAACGUGCUCGUUCAGGAUCCCCUCACGUUCUGCAUCCAGGGCACUGUCCGCGUGAUCAACCUCGAUUUCCAUAAAUCGGUGCACAUCAGAUACACGUUGAACUCGUGGCGUAAUUUCAGCGACCUGCAGGCCACCUACGUGCCUAAUUCGUGCGACGGUUUCAGCGACAAAUUCUCGUUCCUUCUCUACUGUCACACGUUGCCAGUCGGUCAGAGACUCGAAUUUGCCGUUCGAUUCCACUGUAAGGGAGAGCAGUACUGGGACAACAAUGCUGGUUUGAAUUACUGUUUCCAGUGUUUGCCAGCUUCGCCGACCGUUGGUUAUAUACCAAUCACGGCACAAGCGAACCAGCAUCAUCACGAUUGGUCACCCGUGUUUUAUUGAUUAGCGAUUGAUUAUACGAUUACCGUGUGCGGUGCCCGCACGGAUUGCGUUGUGGGUGUUGGUCGCCACGUGGACGUACCACGACCGGAGACGAAGAGUCUGAACUGAUGAGGAAAAAGGCUAACGACAGAGGUAGACGAAGUGGAGCAGUUUCGAUGGAGAAGGGAAGAGAGAGCCUAUGGUUGUAUAAACGUUCCUAGAGUACAUAUAUAUACAUAUAUAUAUUUACUGUACAUAUUUGUCUCGCGUCGAUCGAGAGGGAACUGGUAGCAGCAUCGAAGAGGGCAGCACUGGCGUCAAUUAUUCCUUCCUGCCGCGUGAUCGCGUGGAAACUUGAUACACUCGUUAUAGACUGAUUUUUUACACACGUUCGUUGUUCCUUGUUUUAUGAGAAUCCACAAUUACGGUUAUAGGUGGUGGUUUUUAGAAGGGACGCCGAGGUAUUCUUGGAAAGAAGAUGGGAUUUGGAAGGCGAGCAUGAAACAUUCAAACUUCGUCCACGAAGAGCAUGAUUAUGAGGAUUAUAUUUUUCACGUUCCUAGAAAGUACCUAAUAUAAUUCUACAAGGUUUCACGUCACAAUUGAGCCUAAAAUGUGUCUAAAAAGGGCACACACAUCGACUAGAGUUGGAAAUGUUAUCGCAGAAGUCGCUUAAAAGGAGACUGUUUUACGAAACGAGACGUUCGUUGGAAGGAUUUUUACUUUGAAAGGUGGUAUCGCUUCGAGGAGGCUCUUUUUUCUUCUUUUUUUUUUUUCCUUCCUAUUUUUUUUUUUAAUAUUAAACGAGUAUCGUUGAAUUGAUUCGUUAAAGUUUAAACAAAUCUCUCUUGACGAACUUUUAUCUACACAGAAAACAUAUCUGCUCGGCAAAUUUUCGAGACUAUGAUGCGGGUUUUGUUUGAGAUGAAUGUUUCGUUUAGUUCAGUGACAUAGCAUACUUUUAGCAACGAUAGAUGGUACGAGUACUC